UUCCCUCUCCCUCUCCCCUCACCACAACACUCUCUCCCCUGCUUUCGCCCCCUCUCUCCCGCUCGCUCUCUCCCUCGCUUUUUGCUCCUCUCUCGCAAACUCUUUUCAGAUGGGUCCCUGGUAUCCGAUUCUAUUUUUUAUUUGAUCGGAUUAUCUCUCCAUUUCAGAACCCACCGUCCAAACUAAAAUUCAGUUUUAGCUUCUUAAAUCUUUGACCCUAUCUGAAUUUGGAUUCUUCCCUUUUGAGAUUUUAGUUCGUUUUUAUUUGAAUCUUUCUUCUUCAAACCCUACAUAUGUGCCCAUCUCAUCUCAUUUCUUAGUUCUGCGUAGAACUCAAAGGCUCCGCUUUUGAGCUUGGGAGAGCGAGCGGAUAUUGAUCAUCAGUGCGGAUGGCCACAGCUAGUAACGGUGGCAAAUCCUCCGACGGUGGUGCAGAAAGUCGAGAUUGGGAGAUUGAAAGAGGUAAAGAUUUAGACUUGAGUGGUGAGAGGCAGCAAUGGAAGCCGGUUUUUGAGGAUGCUUCCGUGACCAACAGGCCUCUCAAGAAAAUCCGGAGCCCCCAGCGCCACAGCUCAAACCAGGAUCAAUCCUCUGUUUCCAUUCUACCGCGUCCUUCCUCCUCCAUUCCCUCCUCGCUUCCUUCUUCUUCGUCUUCCAGAAUCGUCUUCCCUUUUGCCUUCGAUGGUUCUCAACAACCCAUGCAAUUUCCCCCUCAACAAUUUGGUUCUGCAAAUUUGCCCGUGUUUCGCCCGCCAUUUCAUGCCAUGCAGACUCGGCAACAGAUGAUAUCUUUCGGUUCCCAGCAGCAAAACAUUGGGUACCCACAAUUCCCGGCCCAAGACUCUGGAGUUGCACCCCCGCAUUACCAUCAUCAUGAUCAUCAUCAUCAGCAGCAGCAGCAGCAGCUUCUUCAGUAUUGGAGAGACGCAUUGAAUCUGAGUCCGAGAGGAAGGAUGAUGAUGAUGAACAGCGUGGGACCGGACGGGAGGCCAAUGUAUAGGCCCCCUCCUCAGCCUAUAAAUACUACGAAGCUCUACAGAGGGGUGAGGCAGCGUCAUUGGGGGAAAUGGGUGGCAGAGAUCCGUCUUCCUCGCAAUAGGACUCGCCUCUGGCUGGGAACAUUUGACACGGCGGAAGAUGCUGCCUUAGCUUAUGAUCGCGAGGCCUUUAAGCUGAGGGGAGAGAAUGCUAGGCUCAACUUCCCCGACCUCUUCCUCAAUAAGGAUAAGCCAUCCUCAGCAGCCCCGGAUUCAUCUGCUUCUUCUCCCUCCACUCCCCAUCAAGGAUCAACGUCCAAACACGCUGACUCUGCCCCAGAAGCUCCAAUUGCGGAGGAGAAGCCUCCGCAACGGCCGCCGGAAGAGAGUACCGACAAUGAUUCUGGAAUAGGGUCGAGUGAUGCUACAAUGAGCGACGAAGGACAGGCGGCAUCUAAUGCUGGAACAGGGGAGGGCACUUCGACGUCGCAAGAACUGGUUUGGGGCGAAAUGGCGGCUUGGUUCAAUGCAAUUCCGACGGGCUGGGGUCCGGGCAGCCCUGUGUGGGAUGAUUUGGACACAUUUCAGUCGCAGCUUCCUUUUUUCAAUCCUAAUCACCAGGAAUUUAAGGAUGCGGAUACCCACAGACAGUAAGAAAAUAAUGCCAAACCAUCAGAUUCUUCCACUUCCUCCUCUACUCGUCCCGUGAGACCCUUCUUCUGGAAAGGUCAAGAUUAAAUUCUUCCUACAUAGGUUCUUAAUUCUCACUGGUUGUGGAUAUUUGAACCACACAGCUUCUGUGCCUUGUGAUCACCAUUCACUAGCAUGUCUCUCAGUUGAUCAUUUUCCUUUUUUUUUUAUUCCUUUUCCUCUUAGUCUCUUUUAAACCUUUAUAAUGCAUUUUAUGCUGAAACCAGGGCAGGAGAGGGUUUUAUGAUUUCCUUGCCUUAUGGUGCAUCCGCUAUGAGCUUUGUUUUUCUGCUCCAAGGAUGGGUGUAUAUUAUUAUUAAUUAUUAAUUACUCCAAAAUUUGGUAGUUUCUAUGCUUAGUUAUUUUAGUUUGUCCUUCUCUAAUGACACUAUGUAUCAUUUUCUAGUUGUCAUAUAUAUAUAUAUAUAUAUAUAGGCACUUGUGAUUUGUGAGUUCA